AUGUCUCAACUCCCUACCGUAAUGAAAGCAGUAGUCUUUCGUGGACCUUUCGAUGUCCAAGUAGAACAAAGGCCAGUUCCCAAAAUUGAGCUCCCUACUGAUGCAAUUGUCAAAGUUGAGUAUGCUGGAUUAUGUGGAUCAGAUAUGCAUACUUAUAGGGGUCACGUAAAGGGCAAACCAGGUACUGUUGUUGGGCACGAAUUUACUGGAACUGUUGUCGAAGUAGGUCAAGAUGUAUCCAAAUUCAAACCAGGUGAUGAUAUAUUGAGUUGUUUUUCGAUUCAAUGUGGUGAAUGUUUUUAUUGUAAGCACGGUUUAACUGGCCAAUGUGCCAAGACUAAUACAUUUGGAAAACCGGGAUUGGACGGUGGACAGGCCGAGUAUGUUCGUAUUCCGUACGCUGACAAUGUGCUUAUCAAGAAACCAGAAAGUGCAAAAGAAGACGACAUUGAUGACUCGGUUUAUUUGCUUAUGGCUGAUAUCUUUGUUACGGGUUACUUCGGGGUCAAAAAGAUUGUCGACUUUUUCAAAAUUCAACCUGCUCGAGGUUACAAGGCUCAAGAGGUCAAAGACAUCUCAAUUUUACAAAUUGGCGCUGGACCUGUCGGACUAUGUGCAUUGCAUCUAUUGAAACACUUUGGAUUUGAAAAGAUUGUCGUUGUUGACAGUAUCCCUUCACGUUUAGAAGCCGCUAAAAAAAUUGGGGCUCAUAAGACAAUUAAUUUUCAAGAAGAAGAGAAUGGGGUGGCAAACUUUGUCUCCAAUGAUUUGAAUGGGGUUGGAUUUGAUGCAGUAUUGGAGGUAGUGGGUGCUGAAUCAUCGAUGAAGUCGGCAUUCGAUGCUGUACGUGGUAAUGGUUUCAUUUCAGCAUUGGGUAUGGGCCAUGGACCAUUCCCCUUUGAUGCAUUGCAAGCAUACUUGAAAAAUCUUAAUCUUUCAUGUGGAAGAUGUCAUGCAUAUGCAUUGUUUCCCGAAGCUUUGGAGAUCUUUGAAAAAAUGAAGGAUAAAUUGACUGAUUUCAUUGAUCACAAGACAUCAAUUGACAAUGCCAAAGAAGCUUUUAAAUUGUUUGAUGAGCACAAGGUCAACAAGGUUGUUUUUAAUUUUAAGAAUAAAGUAUAG